GAUUGGGAAAGGAAUGCAACAGAAGGCCUUUGAGGACAGCAAAUCCACGUGGCAGGAAUCACUGGACCAUGCCGGUGGGGCCCGCAUGCCCUUUCGCUGCCCCCGGUGUGGGGACCACGCCCGGUUCAGAAGCUUGUCCUCCCUGAGGGCCCACUUGGAGUACAGCCACGCUUUUGAAGACAGAAGCCUCCGGCCCCAAGGUGGCCUCUUCUCGCCCCUCAAGGGGGGGCGGGGCUCCUCCUCCCACCCCCAGGCACAGAGGACUUUCCAGGAUGGGGGCCGCAGCGUCCUGAAGCCACGGCUCUCCUACCUGAACUUCUGCGAGCCAGAAGACCCUCUGCCCAGGAGACCCCUGGCGGGAGAGGCAGAAUGGCCGGCCGACCUGGGGUCCGGCCACGCCUCGGCCGACUUGGCCUGGGACCCUGCCUGGAAGGUCGUGGACUCCAGCGCUUCCUUUGAGGCCCACGUGCGGGAAAAGUUCAACCACAUGGUGGAAGCCGUAGACAAGACCAUUGAGAGGCGGAUCGACAACCUCUCACGGGAGCUAUCCCGAAAGACGGCUGAGCUCCUGGAGGUCCGGGCAGCCUUUGUGCAGCUCUCGCAGAAGAAGCAGGAGGUGCAGCGGCGCGAGAGGGCCCUGAACCGGCAGGUGGACGUGGCGGUGGAGAUGAUUGCGGUGCUGCAGCAGCGGCUCACCGAGUCCGAGGAGGAGCUGCACCGCAAAGAGGAGGAGGUCGUGACCUUUAAUCAUUUCCUGGAGGAAGCAGCCGAGAAGGAGGUCCGUGGGAAAGCCCGGCUGGAGCGCUUCAUCGAGAACCUGCUGCAGCGGGUCGACCAGGCGGAAAAGCAGCUGGAGAAGUACCAGCAUCAGCAUCUGCUGGGCAGCUCCGGAGACCUCAGCCAACAUCUGUUUGCAGAUUUGUCGUCUUUCAAGAAAGCCAGAUGUCUCUGGGAGUAUCCACACAGUUCCAGUAGCCCCCCUGACCCCAAAUCUCAUUCGCUUCAGAAAGGGCGGCUCUUCCUGAAGAAAGUCAAGGACGAGAGACUCGCAGGCGGCCCUCACCCUGUCAAGUGGUUGUAUGAACCCGCGGAAGGCGGCCGGGACAUUGGGAGGCCCCAGAAGAAGGCGGAAGCAGCCAACAACAUUGCCCGAAAGGUGAACGCGAAAUCCAAAAUCGGCAAAAAGAGCAAACCUGUUUACUGAGGCACCCAUAUAUCCCUGUGGUACGCACGCACGCGUGUGUGGAUGUGUGUGUGUGUGGCUAGAGAGAUCGAUAUAUCUACGUAUAUUCUAACAUAAUUCGCUUUUGAACCAGAAGCUGGAGAUUCCCCAGAAGGUCCCUCUGGAGCUCUGCUGAGGUUGGCCUGGAAGGUCCGUGGCAAUUCCAGGGUGCAGCAUCUGCACAUCGAAGGGGGAAUAAUUAGGGGGACUGGCUUCCCGGAAGCUGCUCAUAGCCAACCAUCAUCCUCAUGUCUUUCCCUACUCGUUUGGGCAAGGCCUUGAUAUAUUUAAGAGAUAACCGAGAUUGCAUAUGUAAAUGGCCUCAUUUCCAUGUGACUUUGAAUGAAUGGCUUAUUUUCAACAGCUGAUUUCAGCUGAAGUUCAAAACCAACUGGGAGCCUUUCCAUUUGCUUCCAAGCUUGUUCCUGCGGUUACCCAGAAUAUCACAGUGAGAUACUUUGGUAAGCCAUCUCAACGUAGCUCCUUCUCCUUCAAUCCAUCUGGAAGAAUCCAUUCAGCCUGGCACCCUGAACAUUUGCUUUUAAUUGUUGUGAGGGCUGGGCAGGGGUGGGUCCAAGCAAUGUUGCCCCUAACCCCUUCCCAGCUCCAUCGAUUCGCCAUGACUAGUGUCUGUGAGACCCACGUCGACACACCUUUGUGUGUUGCAUGUUGUUGAGAUGCUCCCCUGUCGCUCCUUGCAGCACCGAGGCUAUGCGAAAGGGAAGUGCGUAAUACAUUGUCUAUGGAGGGUUCCUGAAAUCUUCCCCCUAGUUGUCAAAGUUUUGGAAGCUCCUCGCAUGGGGCUGUUCUGGCCUAGGCUUCCCCAGCAGCACAAAGCUGAGUCCUCAUCCCGGUAAACCCCUUUUUAUUUAAUUUACAG